CGCCGAGGAAUAUCUCCAAGUCCGCGACUAUAUGAGUAAUCAGAAAGACUUGGAUAUUUCUGUCAAUGCGCUUACAAAGCCUUCAGGGAAUUUCCUCUUCUUAAUUGAUGUUUUGUUGCCAAGGAAAGCAGAUGCGCUUGGCUACCUAGAUAACAAUAAGCCCAAGCCGGUGAGAGAGGCGACUGCGGUGGUUUUCUAUGGCACCCUUGGGCACAUUAAAGAAUAUGUGGUGGGACCUCUCCCCAACCCGAUUUACCACCGCGAUGUCACCGUUGAGAGAGCGGCUCUGUUGAGGCCAAAGUGCACUGCCACUGGAUACAUAUCGUCAUCUUUCAAUGUUGACGGCAAUCUCAAAUACGGACACCAGGUGGCAGAAAAUACUAUUGGGAACAUCCACACUCAUUUCAUCAACUUCAAAGUUGACCUGGACGUGUUGGGGGUUGAGAAUGUAUUCCAGACCAAGGACAUGAAGUUUAUGAAUGUGUCUUUACCCUGGAUGCCGGAGCGCUAUGCCAUGGUUCCUCAGCUGGUGGAGGCCCAGCUAAAGACUGAGAAGGAGGCUGCUCUCCGCUACGACACCAAGACGCCACGCUACCUUCACAUCGCCAGCAACCGCACCAACCGCUGGGGCCACCAGCGCUCCUACCGCCUCCAGGUGGUCAGCUUCACCGGUGACAGCCUUCCAGAGACGGAGCCAGAGGAGAAGUCCAUGUCUUGGGCUAGGUAUAAAGUGGCCAUCACUAAGCACAAAGACUCCGAGCAGACCAGCAGUAGUCUGUACAGUCAGAACAACAUGUGGACACCAGCAGUGGACUUCAGCAAGUACAUUGAGGAUGACGAGAACAUUGAGAACCAGGACCUGGUUGCCUGGGUAACCACCGGCUUCCUCCACAUUCCCCAUGCUGAGGACAUCCCCAACACAGUUACCGUUGGAAAUGGAUGCGGAGUGAUCCUGAGACCACAUAACUACUUUGAUGAGGACCCGUCUAUUCACUCUCCAGACGGGGUGUACAUCAGUCCAGGGUCAGAGGGAAACUGUGAAAAUAACAAGAUGGCCUGCUUGGCUGAAGACGCAUGCAGCCCAGUCGUUGAACCCUUCACCUACAAUGGGUUUGAAGGCACCAUAAAGUUUGAAGAGUGAAAAAAAAAGUCCCCAAUCCUGAGUGUGCUCUGCACUAAACAUUAAAACACUUAUAAAAAUGUGAAUCUUGCCCAAGACAACAUUUGAAAUCAUUAAGAAACAGCAUUGGAUUUCUAACUUGGCAUGGACUCUACAAGUUGUCAAAAGUGUUCCACAGGGAUGCUGGCCCAAAUUGACUCCAAUGCUUCCCACAGUUGUUUCAAGUUGGCUGGGUGUCCUUGGGUGGUGGACCAUUCUUGAUACACACAGGAAACUGUUUAAGAGUGGAAAAACCCAGCGGCAUUUGCCGUGUGCCUGGCACCUGCUAUCAUACCCUGUCCAACAGCACUUAAAUCUUUUGUCUUGUCCAUUAACCCUCUAAAUGGUACACCCACUGUAUAUAUUCAACUCAAUACAGUAUAGGUUUAUAUCUGCUAAUUUGAAUACUUUAUCACUGCACUGAGGCUUUUCAAUUCACUUUCGUCUGACCACUCUCUGUAUGAGGAGGAAGCUGGGACUCUCCGUUGAUUGUUUUGUUUAUGUUUUUACCUUACACACAAGGAUAAAUCUGUCUAGUUGUCUCUCCCAAUAAAAAUAAUUGUUUAAAAUGG